UUUACAAAGGAAAGAUCUUCUGGAUUAUUUGCCAUGUCUCUGAAACUGUUUCAGAUUUUGGUGUCUGCUCUGGUGUUUACAGCUUCCUUUCCAGGUGUCCUUGGAGCACCUUUUCUGACAGAAGAAUCAGCAAAUCAAUUUAUACGACUUAAACGACAGAUACUAUUUUCUCAGAACUACUGGGACCCAAGCAGCAGCCAGAAUGCAUGGGGACACACUGUGGCUGAACGGGUUAGUAAAUCAUGGAGAGCUAUAAGAGACACAGCACAAUACUACAUGGGCUUGGUUCCUUUUGCCUUUGAUCCUUCGACUGCUAAUGACAAAAUUAGAUCUUACAUGGAUAUGCUACAGCAGUCUGGGACUCACCUCCAGCAACAGACAAGGAUGAGCUGUUAAAUCCUACAUGUCUUGUAUCUGACCAUGUUAGGAAAUGGCAUGUUAGGUAUUUGCUAUUAUGUAUUUGGUAAGAUGACUUUAUCUCAUCCCACUGUUUAAAACCAAAAUGAACAUGCUAAUCCUCUCAAUACUAUAUAUUUUAUAUUCAUAAGUAGAAGUGAGAUGUAAGUCAUGGUAAAUUGAAUAAGAAGUUGAAGAUAAGGCAGCCAUUAACUUUUUGAAGAUUAAUUUUAAAAACCCCUGUGUUUUCAGGUAAAACGUUUUUUGACUAAACAAUUGUUUUUAAAUGUACAUUCCUGCUUCUGUGACUGAAAACCUCAUUUUUAUUUCUCAGUAUUUUAGCUACAUUUUUAAGAGGCAAUGAAGAAACGGAAAUCAGUCACUUUGGGUGGGUAAGAGAAGUAGAGCACAUUUGCUUCAGGUUUGGCUAGUAAGAAGAAUAUUCUUCUGUACUUCAAGGACAUUUCCAUUUUUUCCAAGUACUGGGGGCAAAUUGGUAGGUAUUAUAGUAUACAUCCAUAUCACGUCUAUGCUUUGUUUUCUGCAUUUAAACUUCUGUACUUGGUCUUGAAUGCCAAAACCAACUGAAGCCACAUCUGCCACUGCGAGUUGUUUUUUCUUACUUUGUGGAAAGUAGGAGCUGGUGGACACACUUCUGCACUGCUCCUUUUCUAAUAAAAGUGAUUAUGACAAAAUG